GACAGCCUUUUCUUUCCGGUAGGAGUACUGAAUUGGCGUGGAAAGCAUUGCAUUCCAGUAUAAUUUUUGUAAGAAAUUAAAGGUAAUUAAUUACGGAUAAAGGCACAGGCAUGCUGUAAGGACUAGUAAUUUAAGUGAAAAACUAAACUUUCUUUGGCGUCAGUAAAAUGGUCAAAAGAGAAGAGGGACCUGAUCAAGCUCGGUCAUGGGCCAUAGCAUUUGCCGCAUGUAUUAUCAACUCCGUUCUUUCUGGUAUCAGCAGGACAACGGGACUUUUCUACGUGGCUCUGAUUGAAACGUAUGGUGUCUCCAGACUACAAGCAAAUCUUCCUUUCACUUUACGGAACUUACUGAGGAAUUUAGGAGGUCCUUUGGUUGGAGCCAUCGGUCAACGGUAUGGUCCGCUAUCUGUGACAAUCACCGGCUCGUUUCUUGGAGCUCUUGGAAUUAUACUUUGCACUUUUGCUCCAAAUGUCAUUUGGAUUUGCGUAUUGUGGGGAGGAAUGCAUGGUUUCGGAGUGGCAUUGGCUAACACGUUAUUUCAAAUAGUCGUAAAUCAAUAUUUCUUGAAGUACCGUGCAACUGCUUCGGGAUUUGCCCUUUCAGGAGCAUGCAUUGGAGCCUUUCUUUUCCCUAUAUUGAUAGAAUACUUAUUAAUAAAUGUGGGAUUGUCAGGAACCUUUCUUCUCACUGGAGGUAUUAUUAUGCAUGCGCUACCAGCAUCCCUUAUGAUAAAGGAGCCGCCAUGGAUCAAACGAAAUAUUAAACAGCAAGAAGAACCUCCGAUUCCAAACAAAACUUCAUAUAUAAAAGCAAAAUCUAGUCAUUAUUCUCAAACGAUGUCAAUGAUAUGCGAAGAAUCGGUCAUUCAAGAAGGAAAACCAAAUGGUAUUUAUGUUAUCGAUGCAAAAAUUAAUUCAUCGGAAUCAUCCGGAACUUACGAAGGGAAAGUUUUAGAGGACCAGUUUUUUCAGACGUAUAACAUGGAUAAGUUUAACAAAGAGAGUGGAAUUGAUAAUCCUUCAUAUGAUGGUUCAAAGAUCGAUCUGAAUGAGAGAACUGUUACCGAAAAGGAGGAUACAACAAAUUCCCUACGAAUGCGAACUAUUUCUAUAAGUGAUGUGAGUGUAUCAAUAGCAAUGCCACCUGACAGUCAACAAGAAGUUUCUAUCUACAAGGGAGUCAUUAAAAUGAUUAGUGAUCCAAUGUUCCAUAUGAUUAGUUUAUCAUUGGCCGCAUUUGCCAUGCUCUUUGAUCCGUCCAUAACUGUUAUCGUGGACUACCUAAACGACAAAGGUCUUAAGGAAGAUGUUGCCAAAUAUUUCAUCAGUAUGCUAUCUUUGUCAGAUCUUAUAGGAAGACUUUGCUUUGGUUGGGUAACAGACAGGAAUUACUUAUCAUUACCAAAGUUCAUGAUGCUCAUACAAGUCUUACAAGGUAUCUGCUUUUUACUCAUACCAAUCUUUUAUUCCUUUGAUGUUUUGAUGACGCUGAUCGUGAUUUAUGGAAUGGCAGCUGGAGCGACUCUUGUUAUGUUUCCUAUAUUAGUUGGCAAAUAUCUCAUAUCUGUGCAAUCUUUGGCCAUCGGUUGUAUUUCGUUCCUCAGUGGUAUGCUGACUUUUGGUAUCCCACCACUUAUAGGUUAUUUCAGGGAUAAUUUAGGUUCUUACGAUGGUUUGUUCUACAUAACUGGAGGGCUCUCUGUGGUUGUUGGUCUCAUGUGGUUAUUAGAACCUUUGUUGUUAAAGAUAAACUUCAGACUUAAGAAACCUGGCCACAGUGCUUCAGUGGUUAUUACUCCUUAGAAAUUCCAAAAGAAGCUAUUCGUUUGCUUGAUGAAGAUUGCCGAUAGUGUGGAAUUCAAGCAGACAUAUUAAACUAUCCAACUGAGAUUAACUGCAUUACAUCGAAAGAUUCAUCAAAGGAAAACAAGAUUUACUCAAUAUUUUUUACUGAGACUUUAUACAUUUUACUACAUGUUCAAGAUUCCUAUUUAUAUUUUAGAUACGUCUUAACAAGCAAAUGGCCUUUCGACUUAUUUAAGCUUCUUAUAAAAACUGAGAUUGUUACGGAACAAUAAUUUCUGAUUGAAAUAUGACAAUAUAUGCAUAAAAGUAAUAUCAGAACUAAAAUACGAUUUACAGUAAACAUCUCUAUAUUAAUUUUUGUAACUUUGCAGGAAAUAAUGGGAAAAUCAACAGCUAUCCAACACUAUUUUGUAAAUUAAUGAAACCAGUCGUAAUAUUACAAUUCAAGUCUUGCUAUUCAGCUGUAAGGGCUUCUUUUUGGAUUACAAAAACAUAAUGCUUUUCUAUCAGCAAUACGUAUAUAUUAACUAGGAAUUUAGAAUUACCAAUGAAUUAAAAGUAGAACAAAUACCUUCAAUAAAUUUUGCAAUUUUUAUCAACGAAAAACUGAUAAACUGAUUUACAAUUUAUUUUAGAAAUACUGUGAACCCUCUCUAAGACAACAAGCCACAGUUCUAAAAGAAUUUCAAAAUUCUUUUAUUAGAUAUAAUUGAAUUGGAAAUAUGACAUUCAAAUCCUACUUUUAUUUAUGUUCCAAGAAACAAUAGUGACUUUCAGUUAAAGAGUUUUAAGAAAAUUAACACUUGGACGAGCAAGCGAUUAACUCUUGCUGAUAUAACAUAGCUUGCAGAAAUGAAAUAAGAUAAUAUAAUUUGGAUAGGUAUUGAAAAUGAAAUGAAAUAGAUCUAAAAAUGAGAAACACAGCUUCAAAAUGCAUAAACAGCUGUAACUAAAACGAAAUGUCUUAAGCAAUAUAAAAGGUAUAAAGUAUUCAGGAUAUUUUAUGCAGAAUUUUAAUAUUUAUUUUUGGAAGAAUAUUCAAAAAGCAAGAAUUAAAAAAAUAAUACCCGCCUAAUUUUAAUCUAAUGAUAAAUUAAUUAUAAUCAUUCCAAUCUCUUUUAUUAUAUAACAAUUUCUGUAAGUUAAAAUAAUAUUCAUUGGUGUUUUAAACCUCCUGAACUGAACCAGAUCAUAUCCAUAAGUCUUAUUGGGCCAAGAAACGAGAGAUGCACCUAACCUUGGUUUAUCUUGGGUACCUUAUCAAUGGCAGUACAAAUUUGCCCAGAUCUGUUCUAAACCCAGAUCAGGUUUUGAAGGAUGUCUCCGGAGGAGAGAUCCGAGCAUACUCUAAUCCUUUUAUCCUAGCAACUAGCUCUCGAGAUAACUUUCGGUUCGACAUUAUUUUAAGUGCUGCUCAACAACAAAGACACCGCAUUUACAAAUAUCAAAACCUUUCUUUGGAACUCGAAGCUGGCCUAAGGCGAAUUCCCUGCCUCCAUGAUAAUAGCGGGGCCACAAAACGUUUAGUUUAUUUGAUUAUAAGUAAAGUCAGUGCAGUCAAACAUUUUAGCAGAAGAUUUAUUUUUGAAGGUAAUAUAAGUAAGCCUGUAUAAUAGUUUUUUCAUAAUAAUACAUCGAGCCUUCUCUUGAUAGCUUGACCUCUGAGUAACCAAUAUUUCUCACAGCAAAAUUAAAUAUCAUUGUUACCUGUUUGAGGUGGUUAUCUGUAUAUAUAAAGAAAAAUGUGUGUUUGUGUGUAUGUUCGCAAUGAACUCAUUCACUACCAUAGCUAUCAUCAUCAAUUUUUCUACAGUUCUUUUCUGGAUCCUGAGAAAGGACGAAGUCCCCUUUUUUCCAAAUAAAAUGGUUAAAAUCAGAGAUAUUAAUUAAACAUUCUGAAAUCGCUAACUUUCGCCAUCAUUUUUCUGAGUGGCAACAGUCUCGCACGCUGGAGAUAAAAAUAUGCUUUAUUUCGAGAAGAAUUGCCACUGCUCGCUUUCAAAUCGUAGAUAUUGUUAAUAAAAUAUUUCUAAGUUAUACAAUGAAGGAAAAAUACAAGUAGCAUUGCCAAACUUUAAAUACAUUAUCCACGAUUCCAAAAAUUCACGGGAAGCCAUUUCGACUGUUCCCAUCUUCGUACGACUUUAAUCAGCCGAGAUGUUAAUUAAAAACUUUGAAAACACUAAUUUUCGGACUUCUUUUGCCGAAUGGUAAAAGUCUCCUGCGUUGGAGAUAAAAAUGUUUUAAUUCGAAACGUGUUGCUACUGCUCGCUUUCAAAUUCUAGAGUUUGUUAAUCAAAACUUUUUACCUUUCUCAAAAUCUAUAUAUAUAAAUAAAAAAUGCCUGUUU